UAAGAGUAUGAAUUUUUGUUUUCAAAAUAGGUGGAAAUCUUAAGCCUUCUAGCAUUCAGGCUGGUGACAGACUUGAUAACCAGUGGUUGCACUACGAUGGUCAAAAUAUACCAAAGACUAAGCAAGCUUGGGAAUCGUGCUGCUUUGUGGAGAAAACACACUGGGGGUAUUAUACCUGGCCUCAAAACAUGUUAGUUUAUGCUCCUGCUGAUCAGCAGCCAAAGCUUGGACGAGGGAGAGAGGAGUUGUUAGAGGCAGAGCAAGCUAUAUAUGAUCACUUUUCUGAUCCGAAAUUUGUUGAGCAGUUAAUAAAGUUCCUAUCUUUAGAAGACCGAAAAGGAAAAGACAAAUUUAAUCCUCGCAGAUUUUGCCUCUUCAAGGGCCUAUUCAGAAACUUUGAUGAUGCCUUCUUGCCAGUUUUAAAGCCCCAUUUGGAACGGCUAGUAGCAGACUGUCAUGAAAGUACCCAGCGAUGUGUAGCUGAAAUCAUAGCUGGCUUGAUAAGGGGCUCUAAACACUGGACAUUUGAAAAGGUAGAGAAACUUUGGAUGCUUCUUUGUCCAUUGCUUCGAACAGCUUUAUCUAACAUCACAGUGGAAACGUAUAAUGAUUGGGGCACAUGCAUAGCAACUUCCUGUGAAAGCAGAGAUCCUCGGAAAUUGCACUUUUUAUUUGAACUCUUGUUGGAGUCUCCCUUAAGUGGUGAAGGAGGAUCAUUUGUAGAUGCAUGCCGGCUCUACGUAUUGCAAGGUGGCCUUGCACAGCAAGAAUGGCGAGUUCCAGAACUGUUGCACAGAUUGCUUAAGUACUUGGAACCUAAACUCACACAGGUCUACAAAAAUGUCAGAGAGAGAAUAGGAAGUGUUUUGACCUACAUAUUCAUGAUAGAUGUUUCUUUGCCAAAUACUGCGCCAACAAAGUCCCCUCGUAUCCAUGAAUUCACUACACGAAUACUUGAAAAACUGAAACCCCUUAUGGAAGUGGAUGAAGAAAUUCAGAACCAUGUAAUGGAAGAGAAUGGAGUUGGUGAACAAGAUGAGCGAACUCAGGGCAUUAAACUCUUGAAAACCAUCCUGAAGUGGUUGAUGGCAAGUGCAGGUCGGUCCUUCUCCACAGCUGUCACAGAGCAACUCCAGCUUUUACCGUUGUUUUUCAAGAUUGCCCCAGUAGAAAAUGAUAAUAGCUAUGAUGAACUCAAGAGAGAUGCUAAGAUGUGUUUAUCACUAAUGUCUCAGGGGUUGCUGUAUCCUCAACAAGUGCCUUUGGUACUUCAGGUGCUAAAACAAACAGCAAAAAGCAAUUCUUGGCAUGCUAGAUAUACAGUACUAACCUACCUCCAAACCAUGGUAUUUUAUAAUCUGUUUAUCUUCCUCAACAAUGAAGAAGCUGUCAGUGACAUCAGAUGGUUGGUAAUAAAGCUACUGGAAGAUGAACAGCUUGAGGUGAGAGAAAUGGCUGCUACCACACUGAGUGGUCUGUUACAGUGCAGCUUCCUCACUAUGGAUGGUCCCAUGCAGACUCACUUUGAACAGCUCUGCAAGAUGAGGUUACCAAAAAAGAGAAAACGAGACCCUGGCACCAUAGCAGAUACCAUUCCUUCUGGAGACCUGGUUAAGCGCCAUGCUGGUGUGCUAGGACUUAGUGCAUGUAUUUUGUCAAGUCCCUAUGAUGUACCCACCUGGAUGCCCCAGCUGUUGAUGGACCUCAGUGCUCAUCUGAAUGAUCCUCAGCCUAUUGAGAUGACUGUAAAGAAAACUCUGUCCAAUUUCCGGAGGACCCACCAUGACAAUUGGCAGGAGCACAAACAGCAGUUCACUGAUGACCAGCUGCUUGUCCUUACAGACCUCUUAGUAUCACCCUGCUAUUAUGCAUAAAUAAGGUUUCAUUUGGAAAAUGAGGAUGUAGAAACAUUUCCGCAAAAUAAAGGAAACUCAAAACUAAUUUAUCGUGUAGAGAACUUGGUUUUGGAACUAUUUUUAAAUGCAAAUAUUCAAGUCCUGAGCGGGCUCUAUUCAUCAAGAACUCCAGCUCCACACGGAGCAGCUAUAAGAGCCUUGCAGUCUUCCAUAACUGCAUCUGUGGAGCCUGGUUCUGACAUGUUACAAAGUUCCAUGUCACUGGCCUGUGUUACAAAACUGCAGUUAUUUCUCAUGCACAGUGGCUUAUGCUGGAUGUCUCUUCUCUUAUCUCAUCUUCUCUCUUCUGCCACAUCCCCAGCCAUUUUUAAGCAGUAGAUAUGCAGAACACACAGGAUUGUGAGAGUCGGAACCUUCUCAGUGAACCUCUCCAAUUUUGGUUUAUUUAACUUUUUAUCUGAUUGACCUGCAAGACCAGGAGCCAGUUUUUUUCACAGAGGAUUUAUUUUUCACUGCAUGGGUUUGAGCACCCAUUAGAUGAUGGCCCUGUAUCAUUUAAUCCACCUCAGAUCUGGAUUACUUUUUAUAAUCUCUAUAUAAAUGUAAAUAUCCAUUCUGCCUUUUGCAGCCUUGUUCGGCAGGGCAGGAAGCAGGAAAACUUACAUGGCCUAGCUGAGUUUUAACAGAAGCUCAACCAGGUGUAGAACACAAAACCAUGACCAUCUGCAGCUUUCUAAAGCGGGUGGAAAGGCUGGGAAUCCUUUCAGAUGAAUAGAGCCCAUAGAUGUGAAGUUCUUGUCUCCAAGCAAUGUUUCAAUUAAUAGAAUGAAGAAUAUAUGCUUUGUGCAUAAAAGCACUGAAUGGCUGACUUUUUUUUUUUUUAAAAAAUACUCUCAUUUACAAAGACUCUUAGUUGCUAUUUGAACAAGCAUCCCUUGCAUAAAUGGGAGACUGCUAAGAUAGUGGAAGUUCUAUAUAUUUUUUUUUGCCUGCAACUUUGUUCAAAGACUGAUAUCUAUUGGCUAUUUAAUGACAUGUUUAAUAUGUGUUACAUAGAUGUAAAAGACUGUAUAAAUUGUAGAGGCAUUGCAUUGAUGAAACAUUGUACAGUUUGCAACCUUUUACAUAACACCAUUGUGAGAUUAUUUUGUAAAGAUUCACACUUAGAUGUUAAUACUAUAGUGGUAUUGGCUUUUGUAUCAAAUCAAAUGCCAUUAGUUUUUUUUAAAUUAUUUUCUUUAACAGAAUAUCUUUCCAUGUCUAAAAGGCAGAGAUUUUAUUUUGUUUUGGGUUUUCAUUGAUCUCAUUACUUAUACCUGAUGCAGAUUUUUAAUGCAAUGUUUGUGGCCAUCUCUAAAUGAAGACAUCACAUGUUUUGAUGUGGUAAGUUUAUAGAAUGCAAGGUACUUCCUACAUUGAAAUAAAUUCCCAAGUUGGUGUGUGUUUCAUCUUUCAUACAGCCAAACUGGAACACUAUGAUACAAUUUGAAUCAUCUACUGGCUGAGUAUGUGACUCAAUCCAAACUUAAAAGCACAGCAGUGUUCCUAGUACAGUAUUUAGUAAACGUCAGCACACAGAUGUAACCACUGUAUAGCGUAGUGUCAAAAUUAUUUCAAUCGUGUACCUAGUUUAAAACCCAAUAAAUGGAUUGUUUGUAACAUC